CUUGGAUAUGACAUGCGAGACCCGGAAAAUUCCGCCGUAACAGGGACUUGCCGAACGAUACAGGUGGCUGAAUGGAGCAGAGCCCCGAAGAGGAUGUGCUGUCACACAAGAUAAGGACCAUCCAAUAUGAACGAGAAGAUGUUCAGAAAAAAACAUUUACCAAGUGGAUCAAUUCGCAGCUUGGAAAAGGAAAUCAUCCUUUAGUGAAAGAUUUAUUUUACGAUUUACGAGAUGGAACACGACUUUUAGGACUAUUGGAAGUACUUUGUGGACGAGAACUGAGGCGAGAGAAAGGCCGAUUAAGAGUUCAUCACCUGAAUAAUGUUGGCUGUGCCUUAAAAGUUUUACAAGAUAAUAAUGUUAAACUUGUUAAUAUUAGUACCAAUGACAUUGUUGACGGUAAUCCAAAACUGACUUUGGGAUUGGUAUGGAGCAUUAUAUUGCACUGGCAGGUGCAUGGGGUUCUUCGGAGUGUCGCCGAAGAAUUACCUCAGACAAAUUUGGAGAAAACUUUAUUGGCAUGGUGUCGUGAUGCUACUAAAGGGUAUCCUAAUGUCAAUAUACACAAUUUUACCUCCAGUUGGAUAGAUGGCUUAGCAUUUAAUGCCAUUAUUCAUAGGUUUAGGCCGGAAUUGUUUGACUUUGAUGCCUUAGUGAGAAAAGAUGUGAACUCACGUCUUGAUCAUGCUUUCCAUAUUGCAUAUAAACACCUUGGGAUUGAUAAACUACUUGAUCCUGAGGAUGUGAAUACUAGUCUUCCUGAUAAGAAAUCUGUGAUGAUGUAUAUUAUGUGUUUUUUCCAAGCCUUGCACAAUCAAAGCAUACCGCUCAGAAGGCUUGAAUCUGUGGAUUUAUCAGAUGAAACUACUGAAGUUAGUCAUUCAAAUGACUCUGAUGUAUCCCAUUAUCAAUCAUCUUUAGAGGAUGUUCUGACGUGGUUACUUGGGGCUGAAGAAAAGCUUUUAGAAGCUAGUCCAAUCGAACAAAACAUAGAUGCUGUGAAACAACAAUUCCAUGAGAUAGAAUCUUUCAUGUUAGAGCUUACUAUGCAUCAAAAAAGUGUUGAAAGAGUUCUAGAGAAUGGAAAUCAGCUCCUAUCCCAAAGAAAACUUAGUCCAGAAGAACAUGAUGAAAUUAAAGUACAAAUGCAGCUUUUAAAUGAAAGGUGGCAAGAUCUGAGGCUAAAAGCUGUAGAGAGACAAAAUCAAGUUCAUGAAAAACUCAUGAGUUUACAGAAAAUCCAGUUGGAUGGUUUAAACAACUGGCUGAGUGAAAUGGAACAAAAGUUAUCCCAUUUACCUCCCCUUGGUCCAAAUUUAGAUGCUAUCAAGAACCAAGUUGAAGUGCAAAAGAAACUACAAGAGGAAUUGAAAAGCAAACAAGAAGCUGUGAAUCGCUUGAAAGAAAUUGUUGUUAUUGUUGAUGAAGAUGGAAGCAGAAAUGCAUAUGCAGCUUUGGAAAAGCAGUUACCUAUGAUUGGAGAAAGAUGGGCUAAUGUUUGUCAUACUGUGGAAGAGCGAAGCACACUUUUGCAGUCAUUAGUUCCUCAGUGGCAACAAUUAGAGGAUGAAGAAUUGUGCUUCAGUCAAUGGCUGUACAGAAAAGAACAGCAACUUUCUACUAUUGGUCAAGUUCCAAUUAGUGAUAAUCGUGCCUUAUUAGAACAAGUGAAGCUUCUGCAGUCUGUGGAGCAAGAUUUAGAUAUCCAUCAUAGGCUUUUUAACCAAUUAACAGAGCGAGCUCAAAAGAUAAAGGAUCAACUUGAUAAAGGAUCCUUAGGUGUGAUUGAAAUCACAGAGAAAUUAGAAAAGCUCACACAAAGGUGGGAUGCAUUGGUUCUGCAGAUGGAGACCUUAAGUAAAAAGCUUUCAAGUGUGGAUCAGGAAAAACAAAUUUCUGACUCCAAGCAAAAGGAAUUAGUGCAUUCUUCUCCACCAGUUUCUAAUCAAAAAGAAAUUGAACAAGGAGGUGCCAAAAAGAGACGCUUGGAUAGUUGGAGGAUACAAGAAUGGCAGAGAAGUUUGGAUGCUGUGUGUGUGUGGCUUGAUCGUGCCGAGUCUACAAUGGGGUUAGCAGCUUAUGAAAGUUCUGGAAAUGAUAUUUCUCCAUGGGACACUCUAUGUCUAGAUGAUCAGCAAGUGUUGCUCGAGGAUACUGAAGCAGAUUUUAGAGCCCAGAAAGGAAAAAUAGAAAAAUUGAUUAACCAAGGCCAGCAAGUAAUCAAGGAUUUAGAAUCCAUUGGCGAAGAUCCAAAACAAAUCCAAAAGAUUCUCACAGAGGUGGAGAAUCGAUGGAAAGAUCUCGUCAGCUCGGUCGAGAACCAAAAGCGGAACGUUCAGUUGCAAGUGGAUGCUGAUCGCUUGAGGUGCGAGAAGGAUGCCCUUGAGCUCAUCCUCAGCUCACAUUGCCGUUGGAUGGAAACCACACAGCGGUCCCUUUUAGAUCCAAAAUCAGAUGAAUGUAGAAGACUGGCUGAACAAUGUAAACUGCGUUUAAAGUCCUUAGAAGCCCAAGAAGAAAAAAUUGACAGGUUAAAGAAAGAAACAAAUGAAGCUAAAAAGAAAUCUCCCACUUUUAUGUCUUUCGCUGUUGAAGUUGACCAAUUUUCUAAAGAAUGGGAUGUUAUGUCUAGAAGACUAGCUGAAAUGGAACGAAGUCUGAAUCAUGCAAUGUUACAAAGUCCUCCAGUCAAGUUCCUAGAAGCUGCUAAAGCUCUUGAUACAUGGCUUGGUAGCGUCCAUGAGGCGUUGAUUUCAGAACAAAUAUCUAUGACAGAGUUACAUCAGAUGAAAGAACAAUUAGAUAAAUUAAAAGAAUUACAUAGCACAAUUGUGGAAGAAGAGCCUAAUUUACAGUAUGUUAGUAGUACUGGCAAUCAACUUCUCCAAUCAGAUUUGGAUGCACCUUGGGCAAAUGAUUUAAGUCAUCAACUUCAGCAUUUAGACUUUACAUGGUCAGAAGUUUGUUCUCUCAUUAAUCUUAAGAGAGAUAAAUUGGAGAAGUAUAUUCUUCAACUUGAACAGUUCCAAAACGAAAUCUCUGGUCUCACAAACUGGAUGCAAGAUGUCAAUAUUUUUCUUUCUUCUGAAGAGGCUGCUGUCAAUGAUGUUGGCUCUUUAGAAGCUCAGCUGGAGCAAAGCAAUGCUCUUCAAGAUGAUAUUAAGACUCUUGGUCCUAAUGUGCAACAAGUUGACAGCACUGCACAUGAUUUGGCUGGUGUCAUACAAGAUUCUCAAUUUGCAGCUAAGUUGAGGAAGCAAGUUGAUGAAGUGAAGGCUAAUUGGGAGAAGGUUGUAAACCAAGCAAAUAUCAAAAAUUUUAGACUGAAAGAUGCCUUUCAUGGAAGUCAAGAAAUUAGUGAAAAUGUUGCAGAACUAAGUGCAUUUUUGCAUAAAAUGGAGUCUGAAGUUCCCGAAGACGGCUCUAUCACAAAUUCUUCUGAUUUACAUUCCAAGAAUAAAAAGUUUCAGUUCCUGCUAAAUAAACUAGAAAGCAAGCAACAAGCAUUUGACAAACUUUCCAGAACCAUGGAAAAUAUAUCACCUUCCGUAAAAGAUCCUUCUUUCGUUGAAUUAUCAGAAGAGUUUAAUCGACUCAAGACAAAGUGGGAUGAAAUGGAAGUACAUGUUAAGGACUCUGCUCAAAAGUACAAGCAAAUUGUUGCCAAGUACAAUGAAUUUUGUAGUUUGGUCAUGAUGGAAAAUGAUUGGAUGGAUAGAUUGGAGAAAAAGUUGAAGCGUUCUCCUGAAUCUGCUGCAGAUGCAGAGGAAAUAUCUGAAAAUUUAGAUGAUCUUGAAAAUUAUUUAAGAAAUCACCCUACUGACCGUGUCCCCAAGAUUCAAAAUAUUGGUCAAUUUUUAAUCGAAAAAGAUGUGUUGGUGACUCCUGUGCAAAGAGAUGUAGAGUUGGUUACAAAGCGGUGGGAAGAUCUUAGUAUAAAGGGCCGAGAGAGGCAGCAGAUUUUGGAAAACAGCAUAGCAGAAGCACAACAGUGUGAGAGGAACAUUUUAACUGUUCAGGCAUGGAUAUCUCACAUUGACACAGUUUUGCAAAAUAGGUUGGACAAUGAUAUAUCUUCUCAAGAUGUACCUGAAGAACUUGUGCAAUUAGAAGCAGAAUUUGCUGAAAAGGAAUCUAACAUCAGAGAACUCGAAGAAGAUGUUGAACGUUACAGGUCAUGCGGCCGGCUUGAAGCUGCUUGCCGGCUUGAAGAACAGCUGCAUCUAGUUGAGGAAAAGUUUUCUGAACUGCAAGAAAAGUUUGUAAGGUUUCAGAAACCUAGUGACUUUGAAUCCAAAGUUAACCGAAUAGGAAGUAUGUUGAAUGAAGUUGAAGAUGGGUUGAGUUCUAUUCAGCUGUCAAGUGAUGAUUCAGAUUCUGCCGAAACACAACUUGAAAAAUGCAUGCAUUUUUACAAAGUUCUGAGUGAUAUGAAGCCUGAAGUGGAGCAGUGUAUUCGCAGUGGGAGACAGAUAAAUGAUUCAAAGCACUCUGCUCAGUUAAAAGAACGUUUAGACUCCUACAAGAAACAAUACAAUCUCCUAGGUUCUAAGGUUACAGAAAGUCGGUCAAUGUUAGAAGAGGCAGUGAAAAGAGAAAACAACUUAGAAGCUCAGCUCUUCCACUUUCAAGAAUGGCUGCAUUCUGCUCGAAUGGAUGCCGAUAAGGCUGCACCAGAAAAAACAAAGAACAUUUCUGAAUCUGCAAUACAGCUCUGUAAUGAUAUUUUAUCAGAUGUUCGAAAUAAAAAGAACCUUUUAGAUUCUUUAUUUGAAGAUUAUAAAGGAAUUGAUGAUGAAGGUGCAGAAGAAAGUAUUAUCGAGCUACAGAACCAAUAUUCAAGUUUUGAGCAGAAAUUGAUGAAAAGAAUUGAAACUCUAAAACUUGAUAUAAAUAGAGAUCAGUUUAAAGAGUUUUUUCAGUCAUUGACUGAAAUGAAGAAUUGGUUACAGUCUGCAGAAAAUUUUGUUAAAAACUUUGAGGAGCUGCCUCGGGAACAAAGACUUUCAGAUUCUCAGCGACAGAGGCUGCAGCAUCUUCAAGAAGAUUUGGCAACAGUAGACAAGAAAAGAGAAGAACUAAUGACAGUUAACAAUCAGAUGGGAAAAUUAAAAGAAAAGUAUCCAUUAGAGCGAGAGCUUGUCGAAGUGCAAGAGAAGUUUGAAGUUCUCUCCAGCAAAAUUCAAAAUCUAGUUUCAAACCAUGAAGUUGACGUACAGAGAACAACCAUUGAGCAACUUCGGGCUUCUCCAGUGCAACUUCCUACAUCUGAACCUGGAUCUCCAAGGCCAGACGAAACUAUUUCUAAAAUUAGGCAAUUAAAACUCCAUGUAGAUGAAUUAGAUAGAGCAGCAUCCAAUAAAAAUGCAUUACAAAGUUUUGAUUCUGUUUCUAGUUUGGAAAAAUUAUUACAGGAUUUCAGAGUACAAGCUCUUCAAACCGAAGAAGAAGUGAAACAAUUGAAUGUAGAUUGGGAAACUCAUAGCCGCAAGUUAAAUCCAACUGAUCCUAGUUCAGCCAAAGUUACUCAGCAUAUGAAAUCUUUAGAAGAAUCAUGGUCCAGUGUGCAAAAAAAUGCAGAAGAUUAUCAUCAAAAAUUGAGCGAAAAAAUCUCCAAGUGGUCUGAAUUAACAGAAAGAAAUGACAGCAUCAAUAAUCGGUUGCAGUUUCUUAUGUCCAAUUUUGACAACGAAGAGAAAAUUAGCCCUUUUCAUCAAAAGGCACUUGAAGAAGAAGCAAAAAAACUUCAGAAGGAAGUAGAAGGUUUACAGCAAGAUGCCAUUGAACUUGGAGCAUCAAAAACUCUACUAAAAAAGCUUCUAAAAGAUUCGACUACUUUGUUAGCUAGCAUCAGUAUGCGUCUGGAUGAACUGGAAGAAUCAAAGGAGCCAUCAGUUAAGACUGCUUUGACUCAAACUGAUAAGGAGUCAGAUAUCAUGUUAGAGCCUACGAGUACUGCAGUUGUUCCCGACUUCAUUGCCAAAGUCAAUAAGGUACGGGAGGCUGUUGCUGCUGUUAACAGGCAAUUAACUCAGCCAGAGCUCUCUGGAAAGGAUUUUGAAGAUUUUGGAAGACAAGAAGGAUCCUUGAAGAGUGUGCUAGAUGGGAUCAAUGCUUUAAAACCUAACAUAGAGCUGGUAUGUGCUGAAAAAGAAAAUGUUAUUAAAAAAGCUACAAAAACUGAUGUUACUCAAAUUGAGCGUGUGAGUGAAAAGUUGAAUGAAGAAUGGAGUAAAUUGAAUGCAGCUUAUGAGGAAAGGCAUAAGCGCUGGUUGAAGGCCCAUGAUGUAUGGCAGGGAUUUGAAAGUGAUCUAAGAUCCAUGACGUCGUGGCUCGUGAGCUCGGAAACCAUUCUUAGCCACAGUAGACUACCAAGUGGUGACUUAGAUUAUGAAAGAGCCAAAAUGCACCAAGAGAUGCUGCAAAAGCAAGUUAGUGACAAAAUGGCUAUGAUUGAACGGCUGAAUGUUAUUGGUCGGAGAGUGUCUGAACAGUGUUCUGCACCUGAUGCAAUUUUACUGCAAGAGCAGUUAGAUUCAAUAAAUAGACGUUGGAAAUCCCUAGUGGCUGAUCUCGCUUUAAGAGCAACAAAAUUAGAAGAGGAUCAAGGUAUGUUAGCUGUUGUAAAGGAUGAAAUGAAUGAUCUGAGCUUAUGGCUGAAGGAAACUGAAACUUUAUUGUGUGCUACUCCUCGAACUACAGAUCUAGAUUCAGCAAAAUCUUUGCUUUUAAAACUGAAGGAACAUGAGCAAGAUCUCCCUAGCCAUAGAAGUAGUCUUCUUACUAUUAUGUUAGCUGGAACAUUGGUGAAUACUGAAAGUGUUGAGACAUUGGAACAAAGAUAUGGAAAGAUUACAUCAUUACUUCCUGAAAGACGCCAAAAUUUGGAAAAUUAUGUUCAAAGAAUGUCAGAGUUUCAGGACCAAGCUAAAACUGAAGCAAACUGGUUAUCGGAAAGUAAGAAGCAUUUAGAAGACAGAUUAGCUGUUUUUACUGCUGGGAGAAAUGUAGAUGAUGAAAAUCAAAUAUCCAAAGAAGCUCUAGCAACACAUUUUACAACUGUAUCAAAACUGGUCAGACAACAAAAUGAAUUAGAUGUAGCUGCACAGAAAGCAUCUCUCAUAUUACAUCCUUCAGUGAAGAGGAGUACUUCUAGUCUAAUUUCUGAGUGGUCCACUCUCUCUCAGUUGCUCAAGAAAUUACGUCCUUAUGAAAGAUGUCCUACUCCAGUCAAUAUUGAUUCAUCUCCACCUGCUGCAACCACUACUGCCAUUGUUGAAGCCCGCAGGUCAAGAACAACUUUUGGGGGAACUCUUCCUACUUCAGGCCCUGGAAAAGUUUGGGCGGAUCAGUUAUGUGAGUUGCAAGAUUGGUUGGAAACCCAGGAUAUGAAUUUGCAAAUGCAGGUGGUGGAUGUCACUGAUGAAGAUGCCAUUGUUUCUGUUUUAGAAAAAGUUCAAAAGUUCUUGAAUGAACAAGAGCAGAGGAAUGUGCAGCUGAAAAAGUUGCUGGCUGCCGUAGCACACUUCAGGCAGAAAGGGGACUACAACAAGGAAUUAGAAGCUAGAGCCCUGCAGCUGCACUCUGCGUGGGAGGAGUGUCGCGAGGGGGCGAUGCAACGCAAGCGGCAGCUGGAGGGGAUGCUUGCGGACGGACGGGGCUUCGACGAACGACGCAGAGAAGUUGAGGGAUGGCUCAACAGGUUGCAGGGGCGGCUGGAGAGGAUGCCGCCCGUUGGCCAGACCCUCGACAUCCUCGAAGCGCAACUCAAAGAGCAAAAGGUACUUCAGGCAGAGGUGGGCCAGUGGAAGGGCUCUGUAGAAGGUGUGACUAGAACCGCACACAAGAUCGCAGCGGACUGCCCCCACGACGAUGCCAACAGACUAAGAGCCAUCGCCGAUCGCAUCAAUCAACGAUACACAGAGCUUGCCAUCAGUGUGCAAAGUCGAGGCAAGGCGCUUUUAAAUGCUCUGAACAGUCUUCAACAGCUGGACAAGGCACUUGACCGCUUCCUCGCUUGGCUUUCUGAAACUGAAUCUGCCCUAGAACUGCUGGAGGCUGAAGAAGAGAAGUAUGGACCACGGGAUGACUUCCAUCGGACCAACCAUGGAUAUCAAGAUCAGAUCCGAGACUUGCAGCGGGAAAUUGAAUCACAGAGGGACCUCCACCAGACUUUGAGUGAACGCAGCAGCCAUUUGUUGCAAAGCCUUGAAAGUCAAGAUGAUGCUUUGUUGCUGGGGCGAAAGCUCCAAGAAAUGAAUCAUAGGUGGAAUGCUCUCAGGCUAAAAACUGUAUCACUGAGGAAUCGUCUGGAGAGCAGUGCAGAUCAAUGGAAUCAAUUGCUUCUCUCUUUGCGAGAGCUCACUGAAUGGGUUAUCAAAAAAGAAACAGAACUAUCUGCUCAGCCUGCUAUAGGAGGAGAUGUUGCUUGUAUAGUCAAACAGCAAGACGAGCACAGAGCAUUUAGACGACAGUUAGAUGACAAAAGACCUGUGGUGGAGAGUAGUUUGCUUGCUGGAAGGCAUUAUGUUGCCAAAGAACCUCCACUCUCUGAUACCAGUGAUUCAGAAGCCAAGGAGUUUGAAGGAGAUAGUAGAGGGUACAGAAGUGCGGAGGAACAGGCGCGUGAAAUUACUCGAAGCAUUCGGAGGGAAGUCAAAAAACUGUCGGACAAAUGGAAUGGACUUCUAUCUCGAACAGAACAGAGGCAGAAGAGGCUUGAUGAUGUUCUUGUUAAAAUGCAAACUUUACAAAGAGCUAUGGAUGACUUGAACACUAGGCUCCAUUCUGCUGAGACUGCAAAAUCAAAAUGGCCUCCUGUAUCUGAAUUUGUUCUUGACCAACUUCCAGAACAAGUGGAUGAACUCAAAGCUUUCAAGGAUCGCACAGCACCUCUUCAGAUGCAUGUCGAUGAAGUAAACGAGGCAGCCGCUAGAAUUACCGGUUGCAAUGUCCUGCUCUCACAUUCCAACCUCAACAGGCUUGAGGAGUUGAAUACUCGAUGGAAAGUUUUACAAAUGGCUGUGGAUGACCGACGUAAACAGCUGGAGCAUUGUUUGCUCGAUCAAGGCUCCGCUCAGCAGCAAUUCCUUAGUGCAUCUGUUAGUCAUCCAUGGGAAAGAGCAGUAGCAGGAAACAAAGUGCCUUAUUAUGUAAACCAUCUAACUGAAACUACUCACUGGGACCAUCCAAAAAUGAUUGAAUUGAUGGAUUCCUUAGCUGAACUGAAUGAUAUCAGGUAUUCAGCAUAUAGGACAGCCAUGAAACUUCGCACUGUUCAAAAGAAAGUGUGUUUGGACUUGGUGAACAUGAAUAAUGCCAUCAAUGCUUUUGAUCAGCAUGGUUUGAGGGCACAAAAUGAUAAACUAAUCAGUGUUCCAGAGAUGGUCACUUGUCUUUCAUCCAUUUAUGAAGGAAUCGCCACAGAAAACAAUUCCCUUAUCAAUAUUCCUUUGUCUUUGGACUUAUGUCUCAACUGGUUGCUCAAUUUGUAUGAUACUGUUACUAGAACUGGUUACAUACGUAUCUUGUCCUUCAAAGUAGGAAUCAUUUUACUAAGUAGAGGAAGUUUAGAAGACAAAUUUAGAUAUUUAUUUUGCCUGAUUGCUGAUGUAAAUGGUUGUGCUGAUGAAAGGAAAUUGGGUCUAUUAUUACAUGAUUGUGUGCAAAUCCCUCGUUUGCUGGGUGAAAUAGCAGCAUUUGGGGGCAGCAAUAUUGAACCUAGUGUGAGAAGCUGUUUUGAAAAGGCUGGUAAUGCAAAAGAUAUUCAAGCGAGCCAUUUUCUCACUUGGUUGCAGCAAGAACCACAGUCUUUGGUUUGGCUUCCAGUCUUGCAUCGUAUGGCUGCAGCUGAAACAGCUAAACAUCAAGCCAAAUGCAAUAUAUGUAAACAGUAUCCUAUUGUUGGUUUUAGGUAUCGUUGCUUGAAGUGUUUCAACUUUGAUUUGUGUCAAAGUUGUUUCUUCUCCGGACGUAAAGCAAAAAAUCAUAAAUUAACUCAUCCUAUGCAGGAAUAUUGCACAGCUACUACGUCUGGGGAAGAUGUCAGAGACUUUACUAAAAUUAUGAAAAAUAAAUUCAAGUCAAAAAGGUAUUUCAAAAAGCAUCAAAGGUUAGGCUAUCUUCCAGUUCAAACAGUUUUAGAAGGUGAUGAUCUAGAAAGUCCUGCACCAUCUCCACAGCAUACACUUUCUUCACAAGAAAUGCACUCAAGGCUUGAAUUAUAUGCUAGCAGGCUAGCAGAAGUUGAACUAAGAGCCAGAAGUAAUUCAACUCCUGAUUCAAGUGAGGAUGAACAUCAACUAAUAGCACAAUAUUGCCAAACCUUGAGUGGAGAAUUAGCAUUACCAGUGCCAAGAAGUCCAGCCCAAAUAAUGGCUUCAAUUGACGCUGAGCAAAGAGAAGAACUAGAAGCAAUGAUACAUGAGCUAGAGGAAGAGAAUAG